AUGUACACCGCCAUAUUUGGAUCUAGGGCCGCUAGUGACCACAAACACACUCAUACUCAUACUAAUAACAACAGUAAGAGUAAUAGUAAUGGUAGUGAGGAAGAUGAUAGUGAUAAGGUGAUUCUAUUGCGGCAUGAUAUCUCCGAGUUUACACCCGCUGAGAUUGAGGCGUUAAGUCGUAUAGAUCUCCCGGAUGAAGUCGAGCCACCACCGCAGAUCACCGCCCUUCUUCACAAUGCAACAAAUAGAAACCACACACAACAAACACGACGCCGCAGUAUUAAUAGUGUUAGUGGUGGCUCUAUGUGUACAUUACAACAACUUCUCCCACGUGAGGGGCGAGUGGGCGGCACAGAUAGUAUGGCAGAUGCGGUGUUGGGCACAACACAACUGCACGUGGAUGGACGUGGACUGCGGAAUACCACCGCCGUGGAGUGUUUUCUCAAUCUCACACAUCUUUACAUGGAGCAUAAUGCGAUCACCACGCUGGAGGGAAUUACACUAUUGCAGCAACUCUCCGUGCUCGUUGUUCAUCAUAAUAAGAUUCACACACUUCGGCCACUGGCGGAGAUGCCCGCAUUGACAUUUGUAGAUGCACGAUUUAAUGCGAUUGCUGUAAUAGAUCCAUCGCAGGAUCUUCCAACAGAGUCACUGCGAUAUCUUGCACUUCUUGGGAAUCCCUGUGUUCCUGCUGCUACUACGGCUGAUGUUGAUAGUAAGACGAAUGCGAAUACUACUACUAAUACUACUAAUACGACUGUAUUUGUUACUGCUGUUGAUAGUACUACUACUACUACAAAUAAUAAUAAUAAUAAUAAUAAUAAUAAUAAUAAUAAUAAUAAUAAUAAUAAUAAUAAUAAUACCACUGCUGUUAAUACUACUACGAGUACGGUUGAGACGCGAGAGACGUAUAGACGCCGCAUUAUAGAGUGUUGUCCGCAAUUAGAAAUCUUGGAUGAUGAGCCGUGUCAUUCCUCAUCCUCAUCUACAAGUGAAGAAGAAGAAGAAGAAGAGGAAGAAGAAGAAAUGACGUUAUCCAUACCUCAACUUAAGCGUGAGGAAAGUAACCAUAGUCAACGCAAUAAUCCCAAUGCUAACAGUAUUCUCCGUUCUCGUCUCGCGCAGUCUGUGGAGUUAAGUAAAACAACAUCCGCUAAUUCUCUCUCAUCAUCGCUCCCACCUGCACUCGCCCAAUUACGAGAUGAACACGCCGCCAUCACUGAGCGACUCUGUCAACAAUUCCAACAUCGAUCCAGUAGUAUUCGCCGCAUUGCCGAACAUCACGCCUCGGAUCAGAUAGACACAGAAGACACCACAUGGAAUACGGACGAUAAGAACACAGGAAGUAGUGGUACUAGUAAUCACAAUAAUAAUAAUAAUAAUAAUAAUAAUAAUAAUAAUAAUAAUAAUAAUAAUAGUAGUAGUAGUAGUAGUAGUAGUAGUAGUAGAGAACCCUACGGUAAGAGAAAGAGUGAAAGUCAUGAUAGAGAUGUCCGUGCGAUAUUACCACCCGCACUCCAGCAAGAACGGGAUACGAAGUCUCGUCUCUAUGAAGAUAUUCACUUUGCUCUUCACACCGAUCAGGCACGACUGCAACAACUCGUGGGAAGUGCGUGGGAAGAUGUGGAGAAUGUGAUGCGCACACGACACGCCCUCGUCUCACACCGCCGGGCCCGCAUGGAGGCACGACAACAACAAUCCUCCAACGCCUACAGAGAAAGUAUCGCCCUACUGCAGAAGGAAAGCCACACAGAGGAUUUGGAUAAAUACCGCAAGUGA